CUGAAUCACAGAUCGGACACAGUUCGACAUCCACACUAUAAACCGAACUCCAUCUGAAAGGAGCCAUGGCUGAGACAGUCUCCUUGCCUGCCCACUUGGAGUUUUCGUCAUUGCAAGACCCUGGAGAACGUUACACAUUAGGAGACCUGCUGGGCUCUGGGGUCUACUCCGAGGUGUUUGAAGCUAGGGACCAAGAAAACGGAGGUAAGAGAGUAGCGAUAAAAAUUCAGGCAGUGACUCCGGACACAGAAGAGGACCUGCGCAAUGAGUACCACAUUCUGCGAGAAUUCUCCUGUCAUCCCAACCUCCCAGAUCUCUAUGGCAUCUAUCUCAAGAAGGCUUCAUCAGACUCAGAACAUGAGAGGGUUUGGUUUGUCAUGGAGCUUUGUCUAGGCGGACCUGUGCGUGAUUUGGUCCGGGGAUUGCAGGAAGAGAACCGGCGGAUGACAGAAGAACACAUUGCCUAUAUUCUGAAGGAGGUAGUUAAGGUUCUGGUGUAUCUCCAUGAGAACCACGUGAUGCAUCGGGACAUAAAGGGCAGUAACAUUCUUUUGACUAAAGAUGGAGAGGUGAAGCUGGUAGACUUUGGUCUAUCGAGGUUACUGGAGAGCACGUGUGAUAAGCGUAGCACUUGCCUCGGGUCCCCGGGCUGGAUGGCGCCCGAAGUAGUCGCCAGUGGCCUCAAGGAGAUGGACAGGACUUACGACAGCCGUAUCGAUGUCUGGGCACUCGGUAUAACAGCGAUUGAGUUGGGUGACGGGAAGGCACCGUACCAGGACAUGCACCCCACCAGGGCCUUGUUUCAGAUCGUCAAGAACCCCCCACCCCGUCUAUACCGCCCUGCCAACUGGUCACAGCAAUACAAUGACUUCAUCACAGAAUGCCUUGAAAAGAAUCCUGAGCACAGGCCCUAUAUCAUGGAGUUGCUGGAACAUCCGUUCCUCGCUGCAGUUCCUGAAAAUGACUUUCACUUGUCGACUGAACUGAAGAUACUAGCAGAAGAUUUCGCUAAUAAAGGGAAAUCUACUCGCCAAACGGAAGUUGCUGUGAGGAACGGGUGCUUGAAAACAGGGCUCUCACCAGAACAGGAAGUGAUGCAUCUGGAAGACCUGGCGGCAAUGGAGAAACUAGAUGAGGACGUCAUUCUUACGGAACUGCACGAACGCCUCAAGCAAGGGAAUUAUCACACCUUUGUCGGUGAUGUGUUGCUUGUGCUCACAUCCAACGAGCAGCAGCCCAUUUACAGUGACGAGUUCCAUGCCAAGUACCGCUUCAAAGACAGGUCGGAUAAUGCACCACACAUCUUCUCGGUGGCGGACCGAGCCUACCAGGACAUGCUGCACCAUCAGGAGCCACAGUAUAUCCUCUUGGCAGGGGAGACACUCUCUGGCAAAACAACGAACAUGCUGCAUUUGCUGCGACACCUCUUGUUCCUUGGACAGGGUCAGAACAAAACUUGUGACAAUGUGGGUAAAGCAAUGAACAUCAUUCAUGCACUGGGCAAUGCUGCUACGCCAUCCAAUCCAAAUUCAACACGACAUGUGCUGCAACUUGAGAUCAUCUUCACACAGACUGGAAAAGUUGGCAGUGCUGUAUUCUGGCUGUACCAACUGGAGAAAUGGCGAGUCACUUGCCAAGACAAGUAAGUAUUCAGCAUAGUGUGAGAUGCCACAUUCUGG